AUGUCCCAGCCAGAUAUUCAGUGCCUCCGCAAUCGCCGUGUCCAAAUGCUACCCCAUCCUUGUUUCACACUCAAACAGUUCAUUGAGGCCAUUCGGUUGGUUCAGUGUGACCACUGCUCUCACCGGGAUGUGAUGGACAGUCCAGGUGACAACCCCACAGAUGUUGACACCUCCAUUGAAGACAUUUGGAUUGGUGCCACCAAUGAUGCCACCAACGAUGUUCUGCCUGGUUCCCAGCCCGAGUAUCAUUCUAGUGAGGGGGAAGAAUUGGAGGCUGCCAAUGCAAGUGCCAAGACACUGGAGUGGGGAGCUCAUAGGCAGAGGGUCAAGCAGCAGGCGGUGUUUGCCGGUGUUUAA